CCGCCGCGUCGUCGCGCGCUGCCCGGGCGGGGGAGGCGCGGCGCGUGUGCGCGGCGGAGGCUGCGGCUCGCGGAGCCCCGCGGGGUGCACGCCCCUCCCCGAGCCGAGGGGGAAGCCCCGAGCUGCGCGGACGGCGCGGCGGCCGCAGGGCCCGGCUGCCCCAUGGAGUCGCUGGGCGAGCGAGUGCGGAGCAACGGGCGCAUCGCCGCCGGACUCCUGCUCAACCUGCUGGUGUCCAUCUGCAUCGUGUUCCUCAACAAAUGGAUCUACGUGCACCACGGCUUCCCCAACAUGAGCCUGACCCUGGUGCACUUCGUGGUCACCUGGCUGGGCCUGUACGUCUGCCAGAAGCUGGACAUCUUCGCCCCCAAGAGCCUGCCCCCUUCCAGGCUGCUGCUCCUGGCGCUCAGCUUCUGCGGCUUCGUGGUCUUCACCAACCUCUCGCUGCAGAACAACACCAUCGGCACCUACCAGCUGGCCAAGGCCAUGACCACGCCGGUGAUCAUCGGCAUCCAGACCCUCUUCUACAAGAAAACCUUCUCCACGAGAAUCCAGCUCACGCUGAUUCCUAUAACUUUAGGUGUAAUCCUAAAUUCUUAUUACGAUGUGAAGUUUAAUUUCCUUGGAAUGGUGUUUGCUGCUCUUGGUGUUUUAGUUACAUCCCUUUAUCAAGUGUGGGUCGGGGCCAAACAGCAUGAAUUGCAAGUGAACUCCAUGCAGCUGCUGUACUACCAGGCUCCCAUGUCUUCUGCCAUGUUGCUGGUCGCGGUGCCCUUUUUUGAGCCGGUCUUUGGAGAAGGAGGACUCUUUGGCCCCUGGUCAGUGUCUGCUUUGCUUAUGGUGCUGCUCUCUGGGGUAAUAGCCUUCAUGGUGAACUUAUCGAUUUAUUGGAUCAUCGGGAACACUUCACCAGUCACCUAUAACAUGUUUGGACACUUCAAGUUCUGCAUUACUUUACUUGGAGGAUAUGUUUUAUUUAAAGAUCCACUGUCAAUUAACCAGGGUCUUGGCAUGCUGUGUACAUUAUUUGGCAUUCUUGCCUAUACCCAUUUUAAACUCAGCGAACAGGAUGGAACUAAGAGUAAGUUGGUACAGCGUCCUUAAUUGUGUUUUUGUGGGGGAAAAGACAGUUGCCCCAAGAAGAUUAUUUUUUAAAAAAAGAAGUUGUUACGCGUGCAAGUUUCUUUCCAAGGAGAAAAUAAAAAUCAGCAAAAUUCAUGAUGCUCUGCAAGAAAUAACACAAAAGGAAAUUUGAUCAAAAAUAUAUGGCUUCCUCUUUUAGAAACCUUUUUCUUUUUUUACAUAAACUUAAUUCUCUAAGACAGGGUCAAGUGCUGCUUUUCCUAGCUAUUGUGCGAAGUGUAUGGGAUGGUUUGUUUAUACCGAGUGAAGUAUGGAAAUGAAAGCUCUGGGCUGAUGACAAAAGAAUUCAUACUGUGUCCCAGAGAUGAGUUCCAGAUUUGAAGUGAGUUCCAGAUUUGAAGUGCUCGUGCCUUGCCGAGGGACAUGUGGACUCAUUCUUGCUCUAGUAUUAUCAUUCUGUCUUAGCACGCAAGUCAGAAGCUAAAUCUGGCAUUUCAUUUUUAGCAAACUAUUUCAGAAGUAACUCUUACUUAUUUCAUUUAAAGAAGCAAAAUGUUAUUUAUGGGAAAUUGUAUAGUAAAUGACAAAAUAUGGGCUAUAAGGCAAAAUAUGAGCUGGAGAGAGUGAGUAUGGGAGUUAAGGUGCUGUCUUGUCUGCCAUGGACCCCAUCACCACCAGGGGACACUCAUGAGCACAGAGUCUCGAAUAGCCUCUAAACAUGCCUGGGUUUGGCCCAAAAAACCAAAAACAAGAUAAAGGAAAAAAAGACAAAGUCCAGUUAUAAAUACUUUUCUAGUAGAAAAUAAAUAAAUUAUGCAGUGUCAAAAAAAGGUACGAUGGUUUCUGUGGGCAGCCAGAGUUUCUGUAAGUAUUCUCUUGUGGAGCCUUCUCUAUAGAAACGAAAUGUAAAGUUCAGGAAAGAAGGAAGUCUAUGCUCAAAUAACCCAAAGAAAAGACUGGAUGAACAGAUUUCCUGUUAUUUUGAUUAACUAUUCUCCUGACCUCUUAAAAAUCUUUCAUGCUGGCAAUUUCCUUUUUCGUUUUUUUUGCGCCACACCUGGCAGUGCUUAAGGGGACUGUGUGGUGCCAGAGAUUGAACUGAGGAGUCCUGCAUGCAGCACAUGCACGGCCGCCCUUUUAGCCAGUGUCCAGCCCUUAUCAUGGCAAUUCAUUUUUUUGUCAAAGGCUCCCGCCCAGUGGUGCUCAGAGCAUAUGGUGCUUGGCGGCUGCAGGCAAGGCAGGUCCCACUCCAAGGAGCCAACUUCCUCACCCCAUCGAGGUCACUUCUCAACACAGCCUCCCCGCUCCCACGCUCUGACCCCCACAUAAGACACAUCUAUGCUUUGGCUUUGGGAAUUUGGAGUGAAUUAUUUUCAGCCUCUUCAAGAUGUCUGGAAAGAGUUCUUAGGCAUCAAGGCAGGAACAUAUACUGCCCGACACUAAGAAGAACCCCCUUGAAAACAUAAGUGAAAAUAUGGAAGCAAAGUAGCAAAAUAGUAAAUAUGUAAUGGAUUCAAUGAUUUCUUUUUUCUUUUUGGGUCACACUCGGCAAUGCACAGGGGUUACUCCUGGCUCUGCACUCAGGAAUCACUCCUGGAGGUGCACAGAGGACCAUAUGGGAUGCUGGGAAUCGAACCUAGGUCACCCGCGUGCAAGGCAAACGCCCUACCCGCUGUGCUAUCACUCCAGCCCCCUUCAGUGAUUUUUAAAGAAAUAAUUAAGCUGUAGGGGAAAUACCUGAUUUCCACUUAAGAAACUGCCAUACAUGUACUUACGGAAUGUGUUUCAGCCUUUCAGCCAUUUUUGUAUGUGCUUUUUGUUGGGGGACAUACCCAGUGGUGCUCGGGGAUUACUGCUGGCUCUGUGCCGUAGGGUCACUCCUGGCAAGCUUGGGGGACCAUGUGUGGUGCGGGGGAUUAAACCCAGGCUGACUGCAUGCAAGACAAACACCCUACCCACUGUGCUACUGCUUUAGCUCCAGCCUUGGACUUUUUGACCGUUGAGUAUUAGAAGCAGUUGCUGUUAACCUUUUCCAGUAAAUUGGAUGAAGUAGAUAAGCCCUCUUAACAUAUUAUUCACUUUUUAAAAAAUUUUAGUGAGAAAAUAUUGAGUUCAGAUAGGGGCCAGAGUGAUAGUACAGUGGGGAAGGCAUUUGCCUUGCUUGUGGCUGACCAGGGUUUGGUCCCCAGCAUCCCAUGUGGUCCCCUGAACACUGCCAGGAGCAGUUCCUGAAUGCUGAGCCAGGAGUGAACCCUGAGCAUCACCAGGUGUGGUCCAAAAACAAAACAAAAGCACAAAGAGAUAUGCUUAUAAAAUAAUACCCUUUAGGAUUUCUAUCCCUCUUACCUCCAGCAUAUUUGAAAUGAAAAAACUCUCUGAAAAGCAUCAUUGACAGGAUUUUAAUCAAUCUGUUGUGUGAUUAUUGUGAAUUUCUGUUUGUGUUUAAGAUGUUCUUUGGUUCUUCAUUUUCAAUGAUAUAUUUAUUGUGCUGAGGUCUAAAAUGUUUUCUGUAUCUCUUAAAUCAACAUACUUGUUUCCCAAAAGCUGGAAGAAAGUAUUUCAGUGCAGUGAGAAGCCUGAGACUUGCCUGCUUUACUAGUGGGGUUGAUGUGUGCCAUAUGCAAAUUCUUAAUUGUAAUUACAGCUUAAAGAGGUUUGUAAUAGGACACAGAGGACAAAGUGUUUGCCUUGCAUACAGCAGACCCAGGUUUAGUCCUUGGCACCACAUGUGGUCCCACAAACCCUGCCAGGAGUGAUCCUUGGGCAUAGCCAAGAGUAAGCCCUUAGCACAGCUGUGUGUGACCAAAAAUAAGAAAAAGGGGCGAGAGUCUUAGUAUAAAUGAGGGUGAUGGUUUUAUAAUAUGUGACUGGUAUCAACAGGAAUGUGGCAAGAAGAUUGUUUAUAGAAAUGAAUAAAAUACAUACUUCUAGAACUAGAAUCUGGUAGGCAAUUUUUGCUCUGAAGAUCAUCAUCCCAUUGAAAAGAAAAUUCCUUCAGAAAAUUAAAAAAAAAAAAAACACCAGUAUGAAACAGAGAAGUCCAGGAGAAGUGCUAUGGACAUACACUUGCUCAACUUCUGUAAUGGAUGUAACUGUACUUAUGUUUCAGUCAGUGUUAGAUGAGAAAAAUUCAGGGUUUGCCUGUUACAAAUAAAGAGAACCUGAUAUUUUUACUUUUGUAUUGCUUCGAUGACAGUGGGGGGAGAAGCCAGCUUUUGUGUAUGGGGGGAGAAGCCAGCUUUUGUGGCACUGCUGACCUGUCUCCAUCCCAGAUCUGCCGGAACCAAUGAAACGGAACCCUCAUCUCCCUUCUGACAACAUAAAGGAUAAAUCUUUCUCCAUGAAAUAUGUGGGAUUCAUUUUAUUUUCUUUAAAAAUAACGAGGGACUGGUAUUACGGUACAGCAGGUAAGGCACUUGCCUUUCAUGCAAACACUUUGCAUUGACGCACCAUUGAAUAGUUGGGUGAAUUGGGUAUAUAGAAUGGCCAAAAGUGAAAGUCUGUUUCAGAGAAUGGAAACAGAUUACUGGGUACAUUCUGUCUUGCAUUUCUGUUUCCCCACCUGAACUAGAUUUAAACUUGCUAAAUUCCGGGAUACAAUGAUAAUUGCCCUUGUUUAGGCUUAUUAAACGUGUGUGCCAGGAGUUGGAGAUAGCAUAGUGUUAAGGUGCUUUGCUGGCACCCCAUACUGCCACCUCACCCCACCCCAGCCCAGCCCUACCUGGUGUGGCCCAAAAAAUGAAAAUGAAAACAUUAAGCCACAUUUUUUUUUUCUUUUUGGGUCACACCCGGCCAUGCACAGGGGUUACUCCUGGCUCUGUACUGAGGAAUUAUUCCUGGCAGUGCUCAGGGGACCAUAUGGGAUGCUGGGAUUCGAACCCGGGCAGCUGCGUGCAAGGCAAACACCCUACCUGCUGUGCUAUCGCUCCAGCCCCGAAAAUGAAAACAUUAUAUGGCAGAUAUCCGAGAAAGACAAACCUGUGUUUGCUAGCAUCUUUAAAAACAUCAGUAUAGCAGAAAAGCUAGAUAGUAAAUAAAAAUAAGAUAUAUUUAUUAGAACCAGCAGAGGAACCCAAGUGUGUGGGACCCGGAGCCAAGAUCUCCAAGGCUGCUCAGAUCAGGACUGGGCCUCUUCCACCCAAACAUCUCAUAGCCUAGCUCGCCCUCUUGGAGAACCUGGCAAGCUACUGAAGAGUUUACUGCCCACCCGGUGGAGAGCCUGGCAAGCUCCCCAUGGCAUAUGCAUAUGCCAAAUACAGUAAAAUACAGGGUCUCAUUCCCCUGACCCUGAAGAGCCUCUAAUGUGGCACCAUUGGGAAGGACGAGUAAAGAGAGGCUGCUAAAAUCUCCGGGCUAGGGUGAGUGGAGGAUUAAUGGAGACUUUACUGGGCCCACUUGAGCAAAGCAAUGAUCAACAGGAUGACAGUGAUACAGUGAUUUAUUAGUACUAAUGUGGCUGGAUGAUCUGUAUUAACAGAUCAGAAACAUGGUUUCAGGGAGUAUAUUACAAAGAAUGUUUCCCAGAUUAGUUGUCAGUCCAAGUAUCCAUGAGGGACAUGAGGGAGCCUAGGAGAGUACAGCAGAUAGGCUACUUGUUUGCACAGCUGACACGGGUUCCAUUCCCAUCAACUCAUAUGGUCCCCCAUCUACGAAUGAUCUCUGAGCAUGGAGCCAAAAAUAAUGUGUGCUGCAGGUGUGACCAAACAACCUAAACUAAGUACCUACCAGGAGAGGAUGACUGUAAUAUUUGAAGUUAGCCAAACAGAAGGAAGGGAUUGCGUUCUGGGAAGAGAACCACUGAAAUACAGACACAUUGGUUGGAGAAAUUACAGUGAGUUUUAAAAUACAGAUUCUGAAGUAUAGAGAUUGAUGAUUAGUUUUGCUUCAUUUGGGGACAGCAUACCUGGUGAUGCUGGCUCUGUGCUCGGGGAUCCUGACAGUGCUCCGGGGACCAUAUGGGUUGCUGAGGAUUGAAUCCAAAUCUGCUGCAUGCAAGACAAGUGCCCUACACAUUACUAUUGCCCCGGAGCUUAGAGAUUUCACUUAGAUAGAGAUGAGGAGAUAAGUUAUGAUGUGAAAUAAGAAAGGUAAGACCUUGUAAACUAUGUUAAGAUCCUAGUAAAAGGAAGACGUAUUUUGAAUAUCACAGUUAAUAAAUGGAAGAGAUGGAACAGAGAGAUUACAGGGAGUAAAGCACUUAUUUUCCACAUGGCGGAUGGGUUUCAUCCUUGGCACCAUACAUGGUCCCCCAAGCACUUUAAGGAGUGAUCCUGAGCACUGCCAAUAAAACAACCAAGUAGAUACUAGAGAAUCUGGUGGGAGACAUCUCUAUUGGGAUGUGGUUUGGUGGGACCAUGAGAUACGAAAAGUGGGUGAACUCUAGAAUUAAAUGGAUGGAAUCAAUUGGAAAUGGAAGGUAAGGGAGGAAGUCAAGCCAUUAGGGUCAGGGGUAUGACUCAGCAGUAGCAUAUAUCUCAUAUAUGUUGGUCUCUGGAUUUAAUGCUCAGCACCCCAGAAAAGUAUCAUUGAAAUAGAAAACAAAAAGGUGGGAAGGAAGAUUUUGUAGCUCAGAUGUAGGCAUAUUGGCCCUAUGAUCCUAUUAAAGAUGACAAAUAACCGGACGAAAAGCAUAGAAGUCAGAAAAUUUUUUUAAUUUUUAAUAGUUGUUCACAGUAAUUGUUUAUUCACUAUUUCUACGCCAAUCCCACCACCAUUGCACCUUCCCACCACCCCUUAGGCAGAUGCUAAAUAAUUUACUUUGUAUUGCUUGCCAUGAAUAGUAUGAGGUGUCAUGCAGCCAUGAAAGUGGCCACACGCUCCUGGAAUUCUAAAAUUUUAAAUAUUUGGGGUCCAGAAGCAUAUCUGUGGCAUACUGCUCUCUUCCGAGAUUCAUUUGUGAGUCUCUGAAACAUGGCCAUUAAUGCUUGGGUGUGACUGCCAGGGAACUGGAAGGGCAGGGAGGUGGAGGGAGAUUGCCCAUCCCCCGACUUCAUGAAGCCUGGAGUUUUCAGUCACUCGUCCUGCAUACCUGAAUUUUUUAGCAGACUCAUUCUCAUGCAUUGGGUAGGGGGGCGCUCGGGAUGACUCUGUGAAGGUCGGCUGGAGUGCAGUGGUGAUUGGGUUCUAGAGGUUUGCAGCUACCAGGGUUCAUAUGGGGCAGGCAGAGGGACACACCUGCCCCCCUCCCAGGUGCCUUGGUGAAAUCAGCCUGGCGCAGAGUGGGGAGACAUCUUUGCAGUGUGCUGCUCUCCUCCGAGACUCAUUUGUGAGUCUGAAUCAUGGCCAUUAAUGCGCUUAAAUGGCCUGCCUAUGAUCUCUUUCAAGAUUUAUUUGUGGAUCUCUGAAGCAAGGUCAAUAAAUGAGCUUGUAUAGCUGAGCGGAAGUGGUUUGCAGGCAUGACUCCCACAUAUCUAACUUUUGGCCGUUUAAUUCUCGGAAAAGUUGGCCCCAAGAUGAUGUGCCAGAGGCACAGUGGCAAUUUUGGGGUGUCAGGAAGCCUGAAGGCACCAUUGGGCUGCUGAUGCACUUGCCCUGCAGGUACAGGUUGACCUAAUGGGUACCCCCCAGGAAAUUUUUUUAGAAUGGAGAUAAAGUGUAGGAAGUUGGGCAAGAGUGAUAAUACAGCAGGAAGGGCAUUUGCUUUGUGCACAGAUGGCCUGAGUUUAACUGCGGGCAUCCCAUAUGGUAGGCCAAGCACUGCCAGGCGUGAGCCCUGAGCAUCUCCAGGAGUGGCCCCAAAACAAAAGAAAAAGAUGUUGAGAGUUAACUGCAGUAUCUCUGAUGAGGAUGAAGACACAGCCCAGGAUGAGCUCACCGAGGAAGGGAGUAUAAAGCAGGAAGACCGUCCACAGUGAACUGUGAAAAACAGCCUGUACGUGCAGAGGAAGAUCAUUCUGAGAAGGAAGGGCCAGAGAGCAGGAAAAUGGGAACAAUGACGGUAAUUUGAGAGAGAGGACAAAAAUAACCAUAUUCUGAGACAUCUAAACAGGACGGAAAAGUAACAUAGAUGUAGGGUUGCUUUAAUGAAUGCAGCAGUGGAGGCAAAAGCAGACAACGAGGGCGGAGACCCAGAGCUAAGGAGACGGAAUCCAAAAGCACAGGCAAGUCUUGUUACUGCAAUUCGCAAUACGGCGUUCGUGAAAAUGGGACCUGACUGGAGACAUUUUGGUGUCUGAAACUCUUCUGGUAGUACUAGGCACUGGGUAGGUUAAGGCAGAGAGAGCUGGACCUGAGGGACUGUGGAGGAGGAAUCGGUGUAGCAACAUUGCCAAUAUGAAACAAUAACUUCAAUACUAUUGUAAAUGAUGACACUGCAAUAAAAUUGAUUAAAAAUGCAAAACUUAAUUGUAAUUUAUUAUCAUUGAGACCCAUCAUUGUUAACAAUGAUGGGUCUCAUUCCUCCAACCCUGAAAGAGCCUCCAGUGUGGCACCAUUGGAAAGGAUGAGUAGAGAGAGGCUUCUAAAAUCUCAGGGCUAGGAUGUAUGGAGACAUUACUGAGACCACUCGAGAAAUUCGACGAUCAACAGGAUGAUGAUGAUGAUGAUGAUGAUGAUGAUGAUGAUGAAUUUAUUAUCACAUGAUAAAAAUUAUAAAGCACUGUCAUGUGUACCCCUGGUAAAAGCACAUAUACUUCUUAAAAUAGGGAUGAUCUUUUUGCUCUGAAAAUGUGUGUUUCAUUUGGGGGUGCAUUGGGUUUUGGUGUUUUAUUUUUUUGCUCCUGACUGUAUAUGGUUUGUUACUAAUAAAAUCUAUAAUUGCUUUCGCUAA